UCGGAGAGCGCGUAUCGGUAGUUGCGAGACGAGGCAGUCGGUGACGGGUUGUGGUCGUCUAGUGCAGUAUCGUAGUGAACGGUUUUCAUCGCCUUUUCCUUCCCUCCCUUGUGUUCAAAAAUGAGCUGGCAGGAUUACGUUGAUAAGCAGCUGCUCGCGUCUAGGUGUGUUACCAGAGCGGCGAUCGCCGGACACGAUGGCAAUGUGUGGGCGAAAUCUGAAGGCUUUGAAGUAAGUAAAGAAGAACUCGCGAAAUUAGUGCAGAGUUUCGAAGAGCAAGACAUCCUGACGUCGUCCGGGGUUACCUUAGCUGGCAAUAGGUACAUCUACUUGUCAGGCACGGACCGUGUGAUAAGGGCAAAACUCGGUAAAGUCGGCGUCCACUGCAUGAAGACGACGCAAGCCGUAGUUGUCUCUCUAUACGAGGAUCCCAUACAACCACAGCAAGCCGCAUCUGUCGUUGAAAAACUGGGCGAAUACCUCGUGUCCUGCGGCUAUUAGUAACCUCUGGGACCCAACAUAAAUAUCUAAUAUUAAUAAUAAACGAUACGAUCGAUUAUUUUAAUGAACAGCGAAUGGAACAUGCGCCAUACCGCACGAGUUGCCCCGGAAUUGCCGCACGCCCUGCCGCGCGACUCACGAUGAAAAUGCAGCGACAACAGCAGCAACAAAUACAUAGCCGAGAACAGCGCAUCUACCAUUACUGCUCCAGUCAUUAUUCUUUUCGCAAUUUUUGUUUCUUUGACGUGACGUAGAGAACGGAAAGGAAGGCACGCGCGAGUUCAUGUUGAAUAUUGCUGAGUAAACGCAUGUACCAUACGUAAACAACGACGCACCUUUCUUCCUCUCCCUCUUUUUCCCAUGCUUUUUAUCGUAGAAACCUGUGUUGCUUCUCUCUUCUCCUUUCGUUCUCCGUUCUCUUGUCUUCUCGGUCAUACACGUAUACGUACUUAAGCAUCGUAGAUACGUGUGAAUACAGAAUAGAUACGCGUGUCUCGUGUUCUGUCAUCGUGUUAUGUCCUGUGACGCGUACGAGCGUCGGAGAUUGUGGGGAAACUUCGGCGUCUUAUCGAUAUCGAUACUAAUAUCGAUGUCAUUUGCCACAUCUGCUCUCUAUCUGCUCCCAACCCCUGUAUAAUCGCGCAGCAAUGCGAGUCUCGACGGCUGUGACGCGCGAGAGAAACGUGAGAUCACAUCUUAGACGCCGACGCGUCGCAAGGAGUGAUGACGAGGAUCAAUGGUGGUUUUGACGAUAGAUCGGUGGGAGAACCGCCGUUAUCCGUGUGAGAGCUAAUGACGCACGUCACGAGACGUCAUCGACAUCAUAGUGCUGAAAUAUAAUAGCUACGUUUAGCAGAGAAAAUCAGUUAACGCUUAGUGAGUUUUUAAUAUGAUUGGUUCUUGCCUUUAUAUAAUUCUUUACUGGAUCUAAUUGUAAAUGUAGCAACCAAUCAUAGACUACGUUUACACAGCACUUUUAAUCGGAUUUAAUAACAUCUGCAGUUAUGGACUAACUGGCUAAUCAUAGUUAUUCCUCUGAAGAAUGGAAUAACUGUAUUAGUUUUUAACUAUGGAUGUUAAUAAACCCGGUUAAGAGUGUGUUUGCGUACACAUAGUCAUAUUUAAAGAAUUAUUAAGCAUUACUGAUUAGUUUUCUUUGCUGAACGCAGCAGAGAAAACUCAUAAUACUGAAAUAAGUACUGACGCUAGUUUCUCGGGUAAAUGUUAAGAAUACUCCAGUCACCUUAAAUUUUUAUAUGAAAACCAUAGCUGCAGUGUGUGCUCGCAUCGCAGUAUUUCGUGGCUGACAAAUUUCCAAGCAGAUUUCUUAACCCAUCAACUUUAACGAUUGAUAUCUCAAUUCACAGGAUAGAGCGACGCUUCGUUCAAAUCUAUUUUUACGGAAAAGCGCACCAAUUAAGUAUACUUUUAUCAUAAUUUAAGAUAACCGGGGUAUUUUAAUACUUACCAAUUCUCUCACGAUUCGACAAAGAGGAUUCUAUAUGGUAUUCGUUUUUUUAAUGCAAUCUGGUUAAAAGUUUCAUUACUAUAGAUUGGAUUACACGCCGAAUUGUCUCUAAUGAGGGAUGUGUGCCGUAUCAAAUUGAAAUGAAAGAUUAAAUUAAAUUAAAAUUAUACUUUAGUGAAAUACAUUUAACAUCAUAG